ACCUUCCUGCUACUACUGGCGCUCUCCUUCGUUGCCAUAUGUUGGUCACAAGCACCACAGGAAGGUGACCGUCCACCUCCACCAACCGGAUGUCCCCCACCACCAGAAGGUGAAUCUCGACCACGCAGACAAGCACCACUGGAAGGUGACCGUCCUCCACCACCAACCGGAUGUCCCCACCCCACCGGAGGUGAAUCCCGACCACGCAGACAAGCACCACAGGAAGGUGACCGUCCACCUCCACCAACCGGAUGUCCCCCACCUCCCGAAGGUGAAUCUCGACCACGCAGACAAGCACCACAGGAGGGUGACCGUCCUCCUCCACCAACAGGAAGCUCUCCACCUCCAGAAGGUCAGUCUGGCCCACAAGGACAAGCACCAAAGGAAGGUGACCGUCCUCCACCUCCAGCUGGAUGUCCUCCACCUCCAGAAGGUCAGCCUGGCCCACAAGGACAAGUACCACAGGAAGGUGACCGCCCACCUCCACCACGACGAGGCCCUCCACCUCCCGAAGGUAAAGGACGAGAUGCCAGAGGUCCUGGAGGAAGAAGACCCCCUCCUCCAAGCAUGAACUAACUAAAUUAGU